AUGGCCACUGAACUCAAGAGGAAUGUCUCACCUUCAAAGCAGAAUAUAAGUGCUCCUACUAAUUUUGAGCACCUUGUACACCAGACACCAGAACAAGCAACUCUCGCAUUAGCCGAACUAAACGAAUAUAAUGCUCGCUCUUCGGGAGUUCCAGUACGUCAAUCGGAUCCAUCCUACGUGACAGCGAAAGGAAGCUCUAGUAGCUCCUCGGAAUCAACUGAUUCCUUCGUAACCACGAAUCAACCGUCUUCCACUGUACUCGUUUCCGGUGGAUUUCGUGCUUUCCGCUCCUUGAUACAACCCUUCCAACCUCGAAAUUCAACUUCAGAGUCACCAGGCCCCAGACAACGAGAAGAUACACCACCACAGCCCAUCAGUAUGGCCACAGUCGAAAAAUCUGCUGCUGCCAAGGUGUUUUUCGAACUGCACUUUGAUCGACUAUAUAAGUCAGGACCAGCUGGCCGUGCAAAGCGCAGGAUGGUGCUUGAAGAAGAGUUAGCAGACGCCAAAGAAAUGUCUGACUCUGAAAAGAGAGCUGUUAGACAGGAAUGGCUUCUCAAAGAAUCCGAACACACCCGGCUCAAGAGAGAACGGAUUACCGUCUCAGACUUUGAAGCUGUAAAGACGGUGGGACAUGGAGCAUUUGGAGUGGUCAGACUUGUCAGAGAAAAGGCUACUGGAGAAUUCUACGCCAUGAAAAUAUUACGUAAAGCAGAUAUGAUUCGAAGACAUCAGGAGUCUCACGUUAGAGCUGAACGUGAUUUACUCUCCGAAGCGGCAGAAGUCGCGGACUGGAUUGUAAAGCUAGUCUACUCCUUCCAAGACAACGAUUACCUCUACUUUGUCAUGGAAUAUAUGGGUGGUGGUGAUUUCUUGAGUCUCCUCAUCAAACUAGACAUUUUCGAGGAGGACUUUGCCAAAUUCUACGCCGCAGAGAUGGUCUUAGCUAUCGAAGAGGCGCACAAACUCGGCAUGAUACAUCGAGACAUCAAGCCUGACAACUUUUUAUUUGAUGGAGAAGGUCACAUCAGAUUAUCUGACUUUGGAUUGGCUACUGACUUUCAUUGGGCUCACGAUUCGACGUAUUAUCAAGCUCAGGUACAGGCGACAAAGAAUGCAGUCUCAAGAGAUCAAGCAAUGCAAGACACACACAACAAUCACAGCAGCCAUAGUCUCACAACGAACGAAGAUGAAGACAUCUCCGAAGCUGAGAUUAUUGCUCCACCACCUCAGGAAAAAAUCUUGGCAUGGAGAGAUAAGAACAGGAAGACCACAGCUUACAGUGUCGUCGGUACAAACAAUUACAUCGCGCCGGAAGUGCUAUUAGGAGAAGGAUACGACAAGAGAUGCGACUGGUGGUCGCUCGGAGUGAUAAUUUACGAAAUGCUGUACGGCUUCCCACCAUUCUGUUCCAAGAAUCGACAACACACCAAGGUGAAAAUCGUCAACUGGAGGCAGACGCUCAGAUUCCCUUCUAAGCCCGUCGUAUCUCGAGAAGCUCAAGAUCUAAUCGAACACUUGAUUUGUGACAUGGAUUCUCGAUACGGCGGUGUCAUUAUACCCAUUCCAGCUGGAGGUGAUGGACUGUCACGAUUACUCGGCCCAGGAGAUGCCAAUGACAUAAAAACCCACCCAUGGUUCCGCGAUAUUGAUUGGGACGGCUUACGAACUGCUAGGCCACCAUUCAGACCAAAUUUGAGUCGUGAAGAUGAUACCAAACACUUUGAUGAGAUCGAUGAAGACGAAGUUGCUAAAAAGAUGCUUGCUUCUAAUGACAGUCAAAAGAGCCCCGAAUCUGAAGAGGACGAAGCUAUGCUUGAUAUGAAGAAACGGCUGGCUUUUGUCGGGUUCACGUACAGAUGUCCUCGCAAGACAGGAACGCCCAAUAGUUAUACGGCAUCAACACCAGCAGCAACACCAGCCACAGACCACCAAGUUUAG